CGAGCAGCAGCCACAUUUUCACAGCCUGCUCUCCAGACUGACAGCAGCAACCGGAGCGGAGAGCCAGCACGGCCGAGCGAGGGAGGACUGGAAACGAGGGAGAGGGAAGGAGGGAAAGGACACUCACACAGGAUUUGCCCCCUUAUUUCCCCUUUGUGCUUCCUCUUGAGCUGAACUUUGCUCUGCUGAAGGACCUGCACCCAGCUAUGGCAGCACCGGUGGGACGUGGGAACACCGUCUCCCUCUCAUCUUGCCCCUCACAUGGCUGGACUGCCCUCCUCUGGCUGCUGCUGACCCUCACGAGCCAAGUGCGGGGCUUCAACCUGGAUACUACCCACACUCUGCACAAGUUGGGAGACCACGGCACCUUCUUUGGUUUCUCUCUAGCCCUCCACCAGCAGCUUACCCCUAAGCCUCAGAGCUGGAUCCUGGUGGGGGCGCCGCAGGCAGCGGGGCUAGGUCAAUUGCGGGGCACUCGACCAGGAGCCUUGUUCAGGUGUCCGAUCACACCAGAGGAGUAUGACUGUGAGAGGGUGGAUAUUGACGGAGAAGUGAGUCUGGACCGAGAGAGCAAAGACAACCAGUGGCUUGGAGUGACUGUGAAAAGUCAGGGGAUUGGAGGGAAGGUGGUGACCUGCGCUCACCUGUACGAGCUCAGGCAACGUGUAAAUCAACCCUCGGAGACUCGUGACCCCAUUGGACGCUGCUACGUCCUGAGUGAGGACCUGACGGAGCGAGACGACCUGGACGGAGGGGAGUGGAAGUUCUGCGAGGGGCGACCGCAGGGACACGAGCAGUUUGGUUUCUGUCAGCAGGGCCUGUCAGUCAGCUUCACCCCAGACAACAGCUUCAUUCUGUUUGGUGCUCCGGGAACAUACAACUGGAAAGGCGAGAUGCGCGUCCAGCUCCUAAACCAGACUCUGCUCGACCUCGGUUUCUAUGAUGAUGGACCCUACGAGGUGGCAGAUCAGAAAGAACUUAAUGCUCAGCUCAACCCUCUGCCUUACCACAGUUACCUGGGGUUUUCUGUGGACUCAGCCUUCGGGAUAACGAGUCUCGGAGAGCUGACUUUUGUGGCGGGCGCUCCCCGGGCCAAUCACACAGGGGCGGUGGUGCUGCUGAGGAAGGAUAACGUGUACCGGCUGGUUCCACAGCACAUUUUCUGGGGGGAGGAGCUGGCAUCCUCGUUUGGGUACUCGGUAGCGACGGCGGAUCUGAACAGGGACGGCUGGACAGACCUCAUUGUCGGGGCUCCCAAUUUUUUCGACCGUAAGGCCGAGAUCGGUGGAGCCGUUUAUGUGUACCUGAAUCCCUUCGGCCACUGGGACGAACACGCUCGGCCGAUCCGUCUCAACGGGACGUAUGACUCCAUGUUCGGGUUGACGGUCAGCAACAUCGGAGAUCUGGACCAGGAUGGAUAUGGAGAUAUCGCUGUCGGGGCGCCAUAUGAUGGUGACGGCAAAGUUUUCAUCUACAGAGGAUCAGAUUCUGGAAUUGAGACGAAACCUGCUCAGGUGCUGGACGGUCGGGACUUUGACGUGAGACGUUUUGGAUACUCCAUCUCAGGUGGUCUGGACAUUGACAAUAAUCAAUAUCCAGACAUGGCAGUGGGCUCUCUUAACGAUUCAGUGGUUCUCUUCAGAUCUCGUCCAGUCAUUCAUGUAUUAAGAGAUAUAUCUAUUGAUCCGCAAUACAUUGAUCUGGAGCAGUACAGCUGCAAGGGCAGACAAGGACACUGCGUGGAGGUCAAGGCCUGCUUCACCUUCACAGCCCACCCGGAGCACUACUCACCACACAUCACCCUGGUGGUGCACUUCGAGGCGGACACCGAGCGCAGGAAGCUGGGCCUCCCGCACCGUGUUAAUUUCCUGGGCCGCAGUUCACUCGAGCCCGAGUACACGCAGACGGAGGAGGUGGAGCUGCAUCUCCAGCGUUACCCCGUGUGCACCACUGCUGUCUUCCAACUCCACGAGAGUAUCCAGGAUAAACUGCGGCCCAUCUCGUUGGCAAUCACCCACACAAUCAAGCCUGUGCCGCCACGCAGACACUCGGGUGCCAAGAAGCUGGAGAAGCUGGCGCCGGUGCUGAGUGUGUCCCCGUCCAACACGCUGCACUCUGAGGUGAACUUCCUGCGAGAGGGAUGUGGCAGUGACAAAAUCUGCCAGAGCAACCUGAAGCUGAGCUACCAGUUUGGAACACGACCCCUGACCUCCGACCUCUUCACCCCUCUGCCAAGAGAUGAGGACGAUGUCCAGGUGUUCUCCCUGUCUGACCAGCGGCUGGUGGUGCUGGAGGUCACCGUCACCAACAUGCCGUCUGACCCCCUCCACCCCGAUGAGGACGGAGACGACGCUCACGCUGCUCAGCUGAUCAUCUCCCUGCCAAACACUCUGUCGUACGCCGGCUCCAGGGUCCCACCUCAGAUGAGAUGUCAAGCGAACCAGAAUGGCUCCCAAGUGGAAUGUGAGCUGGGAAAUCCUGUGAAACGAGAUACUAAGCUGAAAUUCUCCAUCAACCUGAGCACAUCCAACAUCACCAUUGAGACGACUGAGCUGACGGCAGAUCUCCUACUGACAACCAUCAGCGAGCAGCCUGACCUGGUUCCAGCCACUGCCUUUGCUAAAGUUGUGAUAGAGCUCCCCCUUUCAGUCAGUGGGCUCGCUCAUCCUCACCAGCUGUUCUUCAGUGGCAUGGUGAGGGGAGAGAGUGCCAUGACCAGCCUGGAGGACAUCGGCAGCCCUGUGGAUAUCGAGUUUGUGGUGGCAAAUACCGGACAAGCCCUGCAGACGCUGGGCUCGGCCUUCCUGAACAUCAUGUGGCCCUAUGAGCUGGCCAAUGGGAAGUGGCUCCUGUAUCCCGCGAGCCUGAAGUUUCAGGGUCACCCAGACACACACUGCGUCCCCUCAGCAGCUCUGAACCCUCUGAAGCUACAGAGGUCCUCACCUGCAGAGCUUCCACAGCAGACUGGGCGAGCGCGCCGCUCCCACCCGGAGGACGAUGGUCAAGUGAUGACGAAGGGCAGCGUGGGACGAACCACCCCAGCUGUGGCUGCUUCAGAGAGACGCAAGUCGCUCAAACUGGACUGUCUCCUGGGAUCGGCACGUUGUGUCCUGUUCCAGUGUCCCCUCCACAGCUUCUCUGGUCAGGCUGUCCUCAAGAUCCACGCCCGGCUGUGGAACAGCAGUUUCAUAGAGGAGUUCCCAGCAGUCAGUGCUCUGGAGCUGCUGGUCAGAGCCAACAUCACAGUCAAGUCCAGCAUCAAGCACCUGGUCCUCAAGGAUGCCGCUGCUCAGGUUCCAGUGAUGAUCUACCCUGAACCUGGUCUGGUUGAUCAGUACUUGAUCCCCUGGUGGAUCAUCCUCAUAGCCGUGCUGGCAGGCAUCCUGCUGCUUACUCUACUGGUCUGCCUCCUGUGGAAGUGUGGCUUCUUCCGCCGGGCCGACUACAAAGAAAAACUGCCUCAGUACCACGCGGUGAAGAUUCCUCGCGAGGACAGGCCACAGUUCCAGACUGAGAAGUCGGGAGUCGUCCAUAAAAAGGAAUGGUCAACGCACUGGAGCGACGGGACCUCGUAACUCUGUUAGAAGCCCCGACGGACUGAAUUCAUGAAGAAAAGUCACCACACGAGGCACUCAUUCUGUCUUUGCAUUGGAACUAACGGACUAAAAAAAUAAAAAAGUGCACAUAGACUGAGAUCGUGAAAUCCUGUACACACUGUACUGCGUCAGUACGCACAUCAUGGUGGCGUGUUACACUGGAUCUAUAUUCUCCCAUACUCUACCCCAAUGAUGGCUGGCCUUGGAUAGUCUAUUUAUAACGUGCAUCUUAACCAGUGUUUAGCAGGACGACCAGUUCAGCUGCUCAGAAUGUUUCACAGCCGGCACUGACUGGCAUCAGUUUGAGUGGCACAACGAGGACGACAAGAAACCCACACGUCAAAGAACUGCAUGAAUGCACAACAUUACAGUUUAGUAUUAGAUGCACAUACACACACACUGGACACUGUUGAAGAAGACGCCACUGCCUCCACAACUACAACACUACUUGUUUGCCUUAACUACUGUAAGACUGACGACUGAUACAGGCAAUGGAAAAAUAAAAUAUUUUUUUUAUACAAAUUGGAUUGUUUGGGGAUUUUCUCUUAGUUAGCACCAUAGACUGGUUAACAGAGGGGGAUAUGUCAGUAUGUAAGAUAGUGUUGAUUUCUUGGCUUGCUGUUUGCUCUGAGCUGGCUGAGAAAAAAAAGAAGAAAAUAAAUAAGUUAACUUGAUGGUUUUUGUAUUUCCUUGUUCAAGGAAAAGAAAGGCCUCUAAAUGAAGGAACCUUUUUAAGAUUGUAUAAUUGCAUUUUUUGUUUAUAUGUCAAAUCCACUGGUCAUCAGAGCAAGAACACCAAGACACAACCCAUAAUAGCCAGGGCCUGCAGGACUGUUGUUGCAUGGAAACCAAAUGUGUCAGAGGAGUGAAGCAAUAUUUAAAAUGUGCAUUUCAAUUUCUGAUAUAAACAUAGAUAUUUGAAUGUCCUGGCUGAUGAGGGCGAUCAUUUCCCACCAUGUAUAUCAUAUUAUGUGUGAAACCAUCUUUUAUGCUCUAAUGAAAACCCUGAAAUACUGUGUAUGAUUGAAAAGAACACAUAUAACUCAUAUAACUCACCAUUCUUUUUUUUACCAAGAUGUAACUAUGUUUCACCGGGUGACAUCAUUUGCUGUUUCCAGAUUUAGUCGUAGUGCAUUAACCUGCUCAUAGCACUGAUCCUGUGUCAGGGUGAGAUUGUACAUUCAUUUCUGUACUGACGUUUAUAACUGCGGACAAGUGCCUUAUGGUCAAAGUGGCAGAUUGUGAGCUACAGGUUAAGAGCCCGAGGCUACUGCAAAUGAGAUCAUGCUGCCCUGGAGCAUCUGUUGGACGUCAACGUCUCUCCAACACAACGCAAAUACAGGAGAAGAUUUCUAAAAGAGAAGAAUUCAUCAAAACGAGACACUAUUUUUAUUUUUUUUUAAAUGGAUGAAGUGGCUGUAAAGCAUGAAGAGUCAGCUUGUUUCUUUGGAUAUUGCUGGACAAUCUUGUAUUAGCUGCAUGAAGCUCCUGUUGCUGAUCUGACCCCAUUUUACCUUCUUUCAAGACUCUGUAGUAUAUUUAUGUUUUUUUGUUUGGCUGCUCUGUUUUAACAUUGUAGAUAAACUAGAAAAUCCUACCGAGAAA